ACUGCGACAAAUCGAAUUCACCAUGCAGGAGGAUGAAUUCACAGAAACAACCGAUUGGCUAACUAAUACUGAGCGUAUUUUGACCAUAGUUGGCACUUGGCCCAAGAAUAAAACUAAGCUACGGUUUAUCCUGAGCCUCGUGUACAUGACAAUUUUCGUAGUUAUGCAGUGGGCAGAUUUUGUAAGUCACAUCGACGACCUUCAGGAACUCGCGGAUAUUUUAUGUGAGACCGUUGUGGGUACGAUGGUUGUUAUAAAAUUAUUGGUUUUUCACAAGAAUCGAGUAUUAAGUAAGAUGAUCGAUGCAGUGAAUCAAGACUGUGAAAAUAACAAGACUCGCUUAAGUCCAAGUGAAAAAAGGAAAUACGCAUUGUGUAAUUCGAAGGGAAAAACGUUUGUCAAAAUUUUUACAUUUUUUGUCGGCGCCACGUGUGUCUUCUACUACUUGAAACCUCUUCCGAUAACCGUACUUGCAGCAAAUCGAAAUGGCUCGACAUCUCUGGUUUUACCGUUUCGGACAAGUUUGUCUUUUGAAAGAACAGACGUCUACGUGUAUGCCGUUUUGUACGUUUGUCAAAUGGGGGCAUUGCUUCAGAUAUUUCUUGGGUAUGUGGGCACCCAUGCAUUACUCAUUACUCUGAUGAUGCAUAUAUGUGGCGAAUUGUCGGUUUUAUCCGAGAGAAUAGUUAAUAUAAAGAAGCAAAUGGAGAAAGGUCGUCGAUGCGAAAUUCAAAAGAUAAUAACGCGACAUUUACGUUUGAUAUGGAUGGCGAAGGAAAUAGACACCGCGUUCACCGUCGUCUUGUUGUCUCAAGUUAUAUCCUCUGAAAUAAUGAUAUGUGUCGCUGGAUUUAACAUGAUUGUGUAUUCCGCAAACAGUGAAAAGACCGCUUUUAUAACGUUUGCUUUGUAUGAGGUUGCGGCAUUGAUGGAUUUGUAUGUUUAUUGCUUCAUCGGCGAAUGUCUGAUAUUGGAGAGCACACGCAUCUUCGAUGCAGUUUGUGAUUGUGCUUGGUACGAGAUGCCGCCAUCCCAGGCGAAAGAUUUGAUCUUACUCAUGGCCAGAUCUCAAAAGCCACUUCACCUCACUGCCGGGAAGGUUUUUGUUUUUUCCUUAGAAAUCUUUUCUGAAUUCGUGAAGACAUCAAUGGCAUAUUUAUCAGUCCUCAGAGCUAUGACUGUGAUGAACAGCAUGAACUCGUCUAUCCACGAGAAUAGAGAGAGACAACUGUUCUCGGUUUCGCAACGUUUCAACUUGCAGUUCAUCAAGAACCUUCGACUGCGACAAAUCGACUCUACCAUGCUGGGGCAUGAAUUCACAGAAACAACCGAUUUGCGAGCCGUUACCGAGCGCCUCUUGACCAUGGUUGGCAUUUGGCCGAAGAGUAAAACUAACUUUCGAUUUAUUCUCAGUCUCGCUUACAUGUUUAUUCACGUGGCUAUGCAGUGGGCAUACUUUGUAAGUCACAUGGACGACCUUCAAGAAGUUACGGACAUGUUGGCUGACGCCAUUGUUUGCACGAUGGUUGUUAUAAAGCUACUGGUUUUUCACAAAAAUCGAAUAUUGAGUGAGAUAAUCGAUGCGAUGAGCGAAGACUGUGAAAAUAACAAGACUCGCUUAACUCCAAGCGAGCAAAAAAUAUACGAAUCGUGCAAUUCGAAGGCAAAAACGUUUGUCAAAAUUUUGGCAUAUGUGAUCGGUUUCGGGGUUGUUGCUUGGUACGUCAGACCACUUCCGACAAUGGCAUUUGCAGGGAAUAGAAACGGUUCUACAUCCCUGCUGUUACCGUUCCGUAAUUAUUUUUCUUUUGAAAGAACGGAAGUCUACAUGUACGCUUUCGCGUAUGUGUAUCAAGUAGGGGCAUCAUGCCAGAUAUUUAUUGGAUUCGUGGGAACCCACGCGUUGCUAGUGUGUCUGAUCAUGCACAUAUGCGGGGAACUAUCGGUUUUAUCAGACAAAAUAAUGAAUCUGAAAAAGGACAUGGAAAAUGACCACGAUCGUCGAAUUCGAAAGAUAAUGAUGCGACAUGUACGUUUGAUGUGGAUGGCAAAGGAAAUCGACACCUCGUUCAGCUUUGUUUUUUUAACUCAAGUGUUAUGCUCUUCCAUAAUGAUAGCUAUCGCUGGAUUCAACGUGAUUAUGAAUUCGGAAAGCAAUCAAAAGACCGCUUUGGCAACUUUUGUUUUCUUCGAGGCUUCGGUACUGGUUGAUUUGUACGGUUAUUGCUUCGUCGGCGAAUUUUUGAUAAUUGAGAGCGAACGCGUUUCCGAUGCCGUUUAUCAUUGUGGUUGGUACGAGAUGCCACCAUCCCAGGCGAGAGACUUGAUCUUAGUCAUGGCCAGAGCUCAAAAGCCACUUCAUCUCACCGUCGGGAAGUUUUUUGUCUUCUCUUCAGCAAACUUUGCCGAAAUAGUCAAGACAUCAAUGGCAUAUUUAUCAUUGCUCCGAGCUCUAGCGUGAGCGAGUUUCUUCAAUGAAUCAGAGAAUAACCAGUUCACGUUUGAAUUUGUCUUCAACACUUGACGCAUGAACUCGUUUGAUCGCGUUCCGUUGGAAGUGGAACUUUCAUUGGGAUCGAGCAUGGAGAGUAUGCCAGUAAUAAGGAUCACUCGCUUAUGUCACUGUACUGUAUCUUAUUUUAAUUACAAGCGAUAUUGAUUCGAUGUAAUGAAACCAAAUGAUUCGUCACAAUUUGUAACUUGACAAGCGAUGUAUUGAUAUCUUCCGCAGUACCA